ACACCUGACCAUAUUGUUUACAAUAAACUGAGGGGUUUUCCCACAGCGGACGACGUAAGGUGGUAUUUUGAAGCGGAAAUAGCUACUUAAAUUUGUCUGUAGAUGUUCGAUUUUGAGAGGCAAUGUCCAGAAGAUGUUUGAGAUGAGUACAGGGUGGCGUUUGGCUGUUUUUCUGGUGCUGUUUUUGGUGUGGAGUGGUUUCUCUGGGGACUUGGAUCCGCAGGACCAAACGAACCCGCAUCGAGAUCCAUCGAAAUGUGAAGUUUGCAAGUUUGUGGCCCAGGAAUUGCAAGAAACAAUGAAAGAAACAGGCAAGAAAAAAGAAGUUCUCCGGAUAGGCCAUCAAUUUGACAAGCAGAAGAAGGAAAUCAAGUACCACAAAUCAGAGCUUCGUCUGAUUGAAGCUUUGGACGAUGUCUGUGAGAGAAUUCUGCAAUACAACAUACAUGCCGAAAGAGCUUCCUCGCGAAGAUUUUCCAAGGGUCAGUCUGAGACCAUGCAUACCUUACGAGGACUGCAGGCCAAAGGAGUGAAAGUCGACCUGGGAAUUCCUGACGAUAUGUGGGAGAAACCCUCCGCUCCCGUCACGAGGAUGAAACAACAUUGUGAGCAGUUGAUUGAGGAGCAGGAGGACGCCAUUGGCAAUUGGUUCUUCAAGACGAAUCAAGAAACAAGUCUCGUCGACUACCUGUGUGUACAGAGAGUGCUGAAGAAAGACGAGCAUGAAUGUCUGAAUGAAGUGUGGACGGGCAGCGAGAAAGUCGAACAAGACGCACAACCGUCCGAGGAGGAUACGGACACACCAUCAGAGACCACACCAUCAGCCACGACAGAGACCACACCAGUCCCAAAACAGACCAACGCCAAACCUAAUGUCAAAAAAACGCGCAGCAGAAAGAAAGUCAAAGCCGGAAAGAGGGGCAAAGGGAAAAAGACACGUUCUAACGGCAAGACAAAAUCGGCCACUAAAUCCAGUAAAACCAAAAAGAAGAAAAAAGAUGAGUUGUAGAUUUCUUUCAUCUGAAAUGAAUUUUUCUCUCAAUUUUCAUGAUUUUUUAGAAGCUGAAAACUGGUUGUUGUCAACAAAUAUACAGUAAUGAAAUGUCAAUAAUUUUGGGGGAAGAUCAUUCCAGUGUCCUAUGAAAUUUGGACUGCUAUGAAAUCUGGUGUCUUUGGACUAUAAUCCUCACACGCAUGUGCAAUGCAACUAAUGGGUUGGUAUUUCAUUGCGUCCAAAUUUCACGCAACACCAUUUUUGUCAAUCGUCCACGCAGCAGCUUAUGAUAUUUUACAGUUGAAAGCAUACCAGGCUUUGAGAAAGAAAUGAUGUCAGAUAAAUUG